UAUAUGGCUCACUGGACAAUAAUACCCCUUAAAGGAUAGCAGCAUUCUGAUGCAAACCAUCGUUUUUUUACUAUAAAUAGAAAAGAUUUGAACGUUUUCUUUCACACAGAAAAGCUUUCUCCCGCCAAAUGAAGGAUCACCAACUCCAAACACCACUGAAGCUCUCUCUCUCUACUCGCUCCGCAGAGAAUCACCAUGCCAAAUCCAAAGUUCCCUCUUCCAAGAAAUCUAGUAAGAUCACCCGCAAGAACUUGAAUGCAGAAUUCACUUGCGUUUCUGAGGAUUCCGUGGACUCCUCACCGAUCUCUGAGAUCUCCUACCUAAACUACAACGAUGAUGCUAAGACCUUAUUGGAAGAAACUCCUUCCGUGACCUUGCUUCCAACGGAUACAACUCUGUCUGAAAUUACCAAUGAUGUAACAGGAACUGGUUCAACUAUUGAUGACUGUGAGUUGGAUGGUUUCAAGUUCAAUUCUGUGGAGGCAGAGAUUGCUCUUAAUUUCCUCAAAAAAUCAAAAGUUCAUCUCCUCAAGUCCUCCAAUGUUGCUCCGCACUAUAGGAAACUGAUUGGUGAAAUAAUUGAGUAUACCAUACAGGAUCUCAGCACAAAGAACAUGCCAGAGGACACAGACUGCUUUAACAAAGUGUCAUCAGAAAAAAUUCGAACGGUAUUUCUAUGCUUCUUCGUUUGGAUAAUUGUCGUGUGGUUUAUGCUUUUCUUUAAUUCAGGUAUUCCAAGUGGAGUGGUGCCGACUUGAAUUGUUUCGCUGUGGUUGAUAUGCAUAUAGACUGCUCUCACCUAAAAUACCAGAAUGUGAGACUGCUUUAACAGAAUUACCUAUUUUUGAGUUUGCUACUCACCACAUAAUUCCUGGGUACGGAUCAGGAUGCAUUUAUUCUUUUGGACCCUUGUCUAGGUUAUCGUUUCUUUUUUUUUUUUUAUUUUAACUUUUUUCUAAUACUAUAAUUCAA